AUGGCAACACAUAUAAAUAAGCUGACAGGUCAUCUUAAUCAAUCGAAGAAACUUAGCAGAACUCUUAUACUAUUUUUAUUUGGGCUCAGUGCCUUAGCAUAAGAUUGCUUGAACCCUGACUACUCUUUAAGUGACUGUUACGAAACUAAAGGCAAUACUAGAGCUGCUUAUCUAUUCUUUGAGGAACCAUAGAAAUGUGUAAAUGAGAGUUUUGAGAAGCUGAAGCCCAUAGAAGAUAUACCUUGCUAAUAUGAGUGUAAUAGCGGAGAAUAUCUGUUUGUGGAUACUUAAACUAGAGACUACAGCUGCAAGAAAUGCCCAAAGAACACUUAUUCAAAUGGAGGUGGCUACUCUAUUGAUGGCUACUUUGGAGAGUGGGAAACUGCACUUAAUCCCGAUUCUGAAAUGUCAAGAAAAACAUCAUUAAGCAGAAAUUGUUAUCAGUACUAUUGGUUCUCUUGGUUUUAAAAAGAUUGCGAGCCCUGCUCCACUACUCCAGGUGGCGCUUCUUUUACUUGUGGAGAAGCAUCUGUAAUGGAAACUUCUGUUGCAUUUGAAACUAUUUUGAAGGUAUAUUUUGUCAAGAAAGGUAAAAUUGAGUUCCAAUACACAAAGGAUUCUACUAAGGAGAGUGACGGCUGGAUUUCUGGUCUUUUCUAGUUUUUUAUUGAUGACAUUGCAGUCCUUGAAGACUAAAGUCUAAAUGAUGACCCCAGUGAAUGGAAGUCCUUCUCCUAUGAAGUAUAUCCAGGAAUGAAAGAGCUGACUUUCAUGUACUAAAAAUAUAAUAGUGACCAAAAUAAGGAUAUGAGACUAGAGUUGAAAUCAUUGAGAAUAACUGGAACUGAAUAUUCAGACUUGGAAUGCAGAUAAUGCUCAUUCGGGUAUAGUUUAGAAGGAAGUGAUAGAUGCUCUCUUUGUCCCAGUGACUAUUAUCUUAACCCAUUAAAUUCUGAGUGUAUGCAGUGUCCAGAUGGUACUCAUUCACAGGAAGGAAGUAUUGCGAAAUAGGCUUAAGAUGUAUGUAAGGUCAAGCGUGAUUGUUCUGAAGAUGAAAUACCAAAAACUUAUACCUAGUAGUGCUAUUAACAAGCCAUAGGCUCCUUCAUUAAGUACUAUAGAUAUAAUGAGGACAGCGCCCCAAUGGAAACUUGCUCAGUAAAGCAAGAUGUUGACUUUAUUAAAAAAUUUGAAGUGCCAUGUUUAAACUGCAUAAAUGGCUAGUUUUUGGAUCACAUGCAGGAUGAUGAAUAUAUGUGUAGAGAAUGCCCUGAAAAUUCUUUCAGCAACAAAGAGUCUAAAUAUUAAUGCAAGUAAUGCAAUGCUGGAAAGUACAUUCAAAGUGGAAUAUCAAUAACAAGAUUUGAAUAAUUCCCUUCUGAACAUGGAUUCAGCACAUUCUGCUUGAGUGGCAUUAGUAUGUCUUUCACUUAUUAUUAAUUACUAACCAUAGAUAAGGCAGCUGACAACUAUUGCUCAGAAUCAGAUGGUUUUAUGGCAGUCUAUAGUUAAGGUUUAGUAGCUGGAAGAAGGGAAAUCCCAGGCUCCACUCUUUAUCUUGUUUCGAAUCUGACUAUUUCGGAAGACAAUCAAAUGAAUGAAGCUACAUAUCGUAUUAACUUUGGAACAGUUAACUUCGAGUAUGAAAAGGACUCAGUUUCCUUGUAUCUUGACAACAAACUCUAGAUGGUCUAGAUGAAAACUGGACAGUUUGGUUUUGCAAUCGCUUUAACUGAAGGCAAGCAUCAAUUCAAAGUUUAUUAUAUCAAGCAAUCCAAAGAAUCAUAUGUGGUGAUUAAUUCAAUUGAGAUUGUUGGCUCUCAUUCAACUAAAAAAACCAAUUUAGCAUGCAUUGAUUGCCCGAUCGGAUACUAUUAAAAUGAAGUGGGAAAACAUGAAUGCUUGCCUUGCUAAAUGGGAUUUUAAUCAAAUGACGAUAAAACUGGAUGCCAGGUAUGCCCUGAUGGAUUUUACACUCCUUCUGCUGGAAGUCCCUGUCUGAAAUGCCCUAUAAAUACUUACCCUUCAGCUGACCAUAAGAAUUGCAUUGUUGAAAAUCACAUAGCGUUAAAGUCAUCAAAUGGACAUUCCUAUCUCUACCACUUUUCAUUCUUUGAUACCUACCUAAAUGAAAAUUCAUCCACUGCUCAUAACAGUUUAAACUAUAAGCUAUGCAAAUCCUAGGGUGGAUUUUGUCAGAAUAACUUCUUUGGUCCAUUGAUAACUGUGGUUGAAUAGAAUAACUCCUGGUACACUUAGAAUUUCUACAUAUCUCCAAAAGCACCAGCUAAUUUUUCCAAGAUCUACGAACUGGAAUUUGAACAGACUUAGGACGUGCUAUUCAAACCAAACUCCUUCAUACUUGGACUCUUUGAUGAAAAAUUAGUUUAGCAAUAUGUCCCACCUGCCACACAAGCUACUAGCAAUAAUGAUGCAGAGAUGUUCGGAAGGUGCAAAAAUAAUCUACAAGCAAAGAAUUAAAAGAUAAUCAAGUCUGUUGGUACAAGUAUAGCUGGCAUCAAUAUUCAUGAUAGCGGCUAUACGAUUCAGUACAGAGGAGGCGACAAGUGCUUCUUUAAGAAAAACUUGUAUGAUUUUUCAAGCGAAAUUAGAUACGUUUGCGAUCACUAUGAGCAAGAAGGUUGGCCACUACUUCUGACUAAAACGGAAGACAAUAAUGUUGAGGAGUCUGAUCCAUGCCAUCUUGUUUUUGAAUGGCGUACUAAGUUAGCCUGCAGACAUUGCUAGACUUACGAAGUGACUGAGGUUGAUGGAGCCUGCAUUUGGUAUCAGAGAGAGAUUAGCUAGAAUCCAGCUAAAACAUGUUCUAUCUAUUCUCAUUAAUUUGUGGACGACAUCCUCAAUUCAAAUCAAACUUUUAAUGAUGUAAAAAUUGAUAGAUCGCAGUUUGCAUACAGACGAUCUUACGUAGAUUCCUGUUCGCCGAUUGAGGACUUUAUGAGAAAUAAAACUGUAAUGAUGAUUAUUGUAGUGUUGUUCGUUGGCCUUUCACUGAUUUUUGUUUGCUGCUCUUUCGUAUUUUGCAGAUACAGACGCAUGAAGUACCAGUACUAUGAAAGAGUCAACUUGCUAAGAGGAGGUCCAGGAAAUAGAAAUACUGAGGAUAGAUCAAGAGAGUAUGGUGAAUCCAACUUUGGUGGAAAUGCAGCAUCAAACAAUGGUAAUAAUGCAGGCGCAAAUGCAGGAAAUGCCGCUGGAAAGAGAUAAAUCAUUUACAAGAUCAACGAUGAAGAUGAAUGA